CUGGGCUUCCGCGAGUUGCCGCCGAGCCGUCCUCCCCGCUGUGCGCUGCGCUGCCCUGCGUCCUGGCGGCGCUGCCUCUGGGCUCGCCAGCGGGCGGCCCGCCCGCUUGCGAGCGGGCCCGGCUGGAGGAGCUGCUGCGGGCGCGGGCGGCGGCUGCCCCUGGGCGGGGCGGCGCCGUGCGGCCUGCGGGCGCGGGCCUCAGGAACAUCGGCAACACCUGCUACCUCAACUCGUUCCUGCAGGCCCUGGGGCUGACCGAGAGCUUCGCCGCGGACCUCUUCGCGCUCUUCCCGCCGCUGCUGGGCCCGGGCGAGGCGAGCGCGGGCCCGCCGCGGCAGGCGGCGCCGCAGAAGGGCGGCGCGGCCCUGCAGAGGGCGCUCGCGCAGGUGCUGACCAGGCUGGCCGUCGGCCGCAGGGCCUUCGCGCCCUCCGCCCUGGCCUCCCUGACGCCGUUCGGCCUCGGGGGCAAGCAGCAGGACGUGACGGAGCUUGCGAGGUGGCUGUUCGAGAAGGUGGGCGACGCCGAGCGUGACGAAUCCCUGACGGCGCGCAGCUUCGGAGGCCGCGCCUGCACCGUGGUCCGCUGCGAGGCCUGCGGCCACCGCCAGGAGAAGAGGGAGACCUUCUCCGACCUGUGCCUGCC